AUGCCGAAGCCCUGGAAGAAGCAUUGGGUGGGCAAGGAGGUGAAAAUCCUUGCACCCCGACACCACUCCCCGGCAGAAGCGCUGGGUCAGGUUAAUCAGGGCAUCAUGGACCAAGGCAACACGACUCUCCCACCAACCACUGGGGUGAAUUCCAGCCAAAACCCAGCAGGUUUGAAUGCCACUUACCUGGCCUCUGCAGUGUUGCUCUUCCCCACCUUCCUGGUGGGUGUGGUGGGGAAUGGGUUGUACCUGUGGGUGCUGGGACUGAAGAUGAGGAGGACGGUGACCACUCUCUGGUUCCUGUCCCUGGUCUCCUCUUACCUCCUCCUCACCCUGCUGAUCCCCUUCUUCAUCAUCUCCCUCCUCAUGGGUUUACACUGGGUCUUUGGCAUGGCCAUGUGCAAGAUCCUCAACACCUGCAUCUCCGUGGGCAUGUUCUCCAUUGUCUUCCAUCUCACCCUCAUCAGCCUGGACCGCUACACUCUCACUCACCAUCCCAUCUGGUCCCGGAAUCACCGCACCAUGUCCCGGGCUAGGAAGCUGGUUGUGGGCAUUUGGCUGGCUUCCUUCGUUCUCAGCACUCCCUACCUGGCUUUCCGGGAGACCCGGGUGGAGGACGGGGACAGGAUCACCUGCAAGAAUAAUUACGCUCUUUCCAGAGACUGGAAUGGAGCCAAGAUGAAGGACAUGGGCAGACGGGUCCACCUGGCCAUUUUCACAGUCCGGUUCCUGCUGGGCUUUCUGCUGCCCUUCUGCACCAUCACGGGAUGUUAUAUCUGCGUUGUGAUGAAGAUGAAGGAGAAGAAGCUGGCAUGGGCUGGGAAGCCCUUCAAAGUCAUUGUGACCACGGUGGUUUCCUUCUUCCUUGGCUGGCUGCCCUACCACCUCUACCAUGGCUUGAAGCUCUCCAAUAAGGAGGUGCCAGGGUCAGUUAUGGGUGCCCUCUUGGUCAUUUACACCUUCACAUCCUGCUUCAAUGCCUGCUUCACCCCCAUCCUCUACCUCUUUGUGGGGGAGAAGUUCUGGCAGGUCUUCAGAACAUCUCUUCUCACUCUGGUGAAAGCGGCUUUUGUCGACGAUCUUGGCAGCAGUGCCUCCGAGUCUAGUGGAAGACAUGGGACAGAAGUCGAGAACACAAAAUAG